AUGUUUAGAGCAAUACAACAUGUUCGACCUUAUAGUCGAAGUCAAAUGUUGCUACAUUCAUCUAAAAGAUUAUUUGCAAUAAAGCCUAUAGGUAAAAGGUUACAGGAUGCCGUGGAGCACGAUAUUUAUAAUACAAGAGAUGCCCAAAUACCAGAAAAGAAAUAUCAGCGAGUUGCAAAGACAUCAUAUAAUUUAAAUAAAGCAUUGAAAUCAUUGAAAGAUAGAUACGACGCUGUUGCAUUUAUAGACAACGACCAGAAAGCCUUUAAUAUUCACAGGUUAAAGAUUGUGGAUUUAAAGUAUAAUAGUCCCAUGGCAAAAGUGAUAUUUGAUAAUUUACUUCGAAUUAAAGAGGUUACCGGGAGACAAAUAGAUAGAAAUUUGGCGCUAGCAUUGUUGGGAACCGAUGGUGCACAACUUUCGGAUGAGUUUUAUGUCUCCAAUAACGUCAAUGAACUAUUGUCACUUGAUGGGGAUAUUUCUAGAGCAUUAUACUUGUGUCGUAUUGCCAAGAGUGAUGCUGCUAUUGUUGGUAUGAAUUUUAUAAUGCAAUGGUUGUUAGCAAGGGGUAAGAUAGAAGAAGCAUUGAAAAUAUUUAAUUCUAGAAAAUCAUCAGGAAUUCCUUCCAGUAAAUUUACUUAUAUUACAUUGCUUGAUGGAAUAGCAAAACAGCUUGAAUGGGGGUACCCAAAUAGAAAGUAUAUUUGGAAAGCUAUUAGAAUAUUUAAAAAUUGGAGAGCAGAGUUGGCCAAGAAAGGGGAAACUGUUCCGAUUGAAGGUUUCAAUGCUUGUUUGAGUAUCCUUGUUAAAGACUUUACAAACCGACAAGCUCUUGCAUGGAAAUUUUUUGAUGAGUUGGAAGAAGAUAAAGAACAAGGUUUCCGAAGAAUAGAUGCCGAUGCACAGACAUUCACUAUUCUUUUACAAGGUAUCAAGAAAUACACCGAUGUUGAAAGAAACACCUUGAUGAAAGAUAAAAAUAUUGGUAAGAAUCCUCGACUUUUGCUGUUGAUGGAUUUAGAAGCUGGUCAUAUCAAGAUUGCACAACUUGUGAUGGAUAGAGCCAAGCAAUUAGCAACACCACCAAAAAAAACUGGAGAUGAAGAAGUUGAUGAAAAGGCAAUUAGGUAUUGGAAUAGAACAAAAUUGGAAAUUGAUAUGCCAUUGGUUUCUGUGUACAUCAAUUCGUUAAUUUCUAGAAAUUCAGGUACUGGUCCUGAUUUGCGUCUGGGAUCUCACUAUUUAUAUAACCAAACGGCAUUAUCUAUUUUGAGACAGGUUUCACCUGAAAUUGAUGGAUUGCUUAACUUUAUUGAAAAGGUAACUAAUGCUCCUGUUUGCCAACCAAGUGAACAACUCAAGAAAACCACUGAUGCACGUUUUAACGAUGCGGCGAAGAAUCCCGGAAAUGGACUAGAAAAAAUAAAGUAUGUUAAGGAUCUUAAAUCAUUAAAUCCUAGAAACGUUGUUGCUGAAUUAAAUGUUGAUAAUUUUAACCCACAAGUAAUAAUUCCAAGAAAUUCCGGUUUUCCAAAGAAUUCAGUUUCAAUGAUUGAUUUCACCAGAAAAUCGGGUAAUGAUAGUAAUCUCAAGAAUCAAUAUGGUGUAAAUAAAUUUUUGUUGAAUCAGACUUUUGAUUGCUUAGUGAAUUUGGGUAGAUGGAACGAACUUGUAAUUGCAUAUUGGUAUUCGUUUGUUCAAUGGGGUGGAUUGAAAGUGGACUUGACCCUUUUCCAUGACAGACCAAACGUGGUGACUGGGGUUUUGAAAAAAGGUGAGCUGUUAGAACCAACCAAAAGUGACAAACGUGCAAUCCCAACGAUUAUUGAUGAGUUGAUGCCAAGAUUUCUUAUAACCAAAGUAUGGGAAGAUCAAAGCAGAGUGGCAAACGGAUCAACCAAAACCCGUUUAAUAUUAGAAUUGUUUCAAUUAUUGGUGAACAAGAAAUUUAACUCUAAUGGUGUGAUUCUAGGUUACGACACAUUGAAACGUUUAUGGCCCGUUCUCAAUAAAGACAUUAAUUAUUAUCAUAGAUCCAAUGAGAGGUUCCAGACACAAGACAAGAUUCCAGGUAUGUCAUAUAAACAAGCAGAAGAGUUUGCAAGAAAUUUAGUCAUGAUGAAUGCCGUGACACGUGAUUGGGCACGUAAAUUCACCAAUCUGAGAAGAGUUCCUUUGGAUUAUUAUGAUAAUAUGAAUAAAGUUCUUGAACGAGUGUAUGGAACCAAAUGGUUAGAUGUCACUUUAGAACAAACAAUCUAUAUUCAUAAGUUGCUCGUCAAAGCCUGUAUUAAAUAUUAUAAACCUCAACUGUUUGUCAAACCAUAUGAAGCUGACAUCACAUACCCGCGUUGUAUCCAAGUUUCAUUUUCGUACUUGAUUAAAACUUUACAAAAUAUGGAUAACUUGACGGCAGAGAACCUCCGAUUAUUGAAUGAUUUACGAAAAUUAAGAGGUAUGAAACCUCAUACGAAAACUGAUGCUGAUGAAUCUGAAUUAAAGGCACUUCUCAAAGAGAUACAUGACAUCAUAGAUGUAGACGACCAAACCCUCACCAAGAGCACUACCGUAAAGGAGAAUGCAGGGUCUAUUGUUAAGGAAGAGAUAAAAUAG